GUGUCAGAUCAUAUCUUCUCUGUGGAUAGUGGGAGUAGUCGGCCUACACAAAGUAACCGCCAGAUAUCCACGAAGUCUGGUCACUGGCGUGCAAAGCAUUGCCAAUGAUAGACAAACUGGCGGCUAGGGUAGUUUGAUCCAUCAAGGCUAUGAGGUCGACCGUGGAACAGGCCAGAAAUAUCUGGAUUGUCAGUCUAGUGCUGAGUUAGGCAACUGGUGGCUACCUACCGUGAUGAUGGUCCUCUUUGGCACAUAGUUGGUCUGCUCAUUGAAGACGUGCGCAGAAGGCUUGGACUCACCAUAUGUGUCAGCGGUUGCAGACGAGUCCGAAAGGUCGGAUGCAUUUGCCUUGGGCUCGAGGACAGUUCCAGUCAUCGUUGUCGUUGUGUACCCUUAGCCGAUGUUUGGGAGUGAUCAGCUCCUGAAUGCCGAGGGCCAUUAUUCCCUUUAAGACCGCGAGACCGUGGGGAGACCGUGAGGACCGCCGACCGGUGGGAACAUGUUGAGCUAUGCUAAGCGAGGAUAUUCAUGAAGAUCAAAUCAACCUUGAAGAGUCUGCCAAGUGAAAGAGGGUCUCGGACUAGACGUGUUGAUACGGCCGGUUAGGGUUCUGGAAGGGAUCAGCAUCCCGGCCGCAAACCUGCUCAAAAAAACUCAACAAGGUACUCGCCAUGCAUGGCUUGCCAAGAAAGUAUGUUGACAAGGGUUGGCGUGGCUUUUGAGGACCUGUGGUGAGAAAGUGCUACCCAGUGUCUUUCCAAGGACCUUGCGGUAUGACCGUGCGUAGAUCUUACUUGUCCUAGCCUGACUUACUGUCUAUAGAAGGCCGGACUGUGAAGAUCCCACCCAGCUUGACACCCUGAGGACAUGACCACUAACUUGAAUCCUCUUUUUUUCGCCAUCCUGAUUCGGCUACGGCUUCCACUCUGAGAAAUAUCCCACCCUCGAUGGCGCUCCGAUCACUUUUGUCAGGCGGGAAAUGGCGCUUCCUCAUGCCCGGGGAUUCCCUUCAGGGGAAAUGUGACUAUGCGAUGCAGAAGUCUACUGGCAUGUGGGUCAGACCACCACGCAGCCCGUCACGAAUGAACAAUAUGCACCACAGAGGGGUUGCUGCAGAACUAUAACUUGAGGCCAUUGCCCCUCCAUGUAGCCUGAUUGAUCCGUCACCGGAGCCCUUGCAGAUUUUUUCUCCCUUGCAUCCAGUGCUUUUGUGCCACGAUGUCUAAUCUCAACGAACGCAAUGUGUACUUUGGCCCGGAUUCUCUGAAGAAAUACUUCGAUCCCGAUUCACAGCCCCCUCUACCAUUGGUUGAGCUGCCGGAGCAUCUGAACCCUUAUCGUAAGGAUGGUGUACGCAUCUAUGCGAAGAUGAUGACCAUGCACCCGGCCAAUAAUGUUAAAGCAAUGCCCGGUAUGUACCUGUCGGAGCGUUCAAUUGCGUCCUACUAAUCUAGCGGCCCAUAGCUAUGAAUAUGCUCGAAUCCAGUGUGGUGCCCGGGAAAACGAAUACCAUCAUCGAGUAUAGCUCCGGCUCCACAGUGAUCUCAAUGUCAAUGAUCGCUCGGGUCAUGCAUGGCAUCAAUGACACACGUGCUUUCCUGAGUAACAAGACCAGCGAGGCCAAGCUGAGACUGAUGCAGUUCUUCGGCCUCAACAUCACGCUGUUUGGCGGCCCCUCGCAACCCGAGCCCUUCGACGAACGAGGCGGCAUCCAGAGUGCCCGGAAUCAGUCAUUGCGGUCCGAACAGAUCCUCAACCCCAACCAGUACGAGAAUGAUGACAACUGGCAGUCCCAUAUCCGUUGGACAGGGCCACAGAUAUACAAGCAGCUACCAGAGAUCACCGUGCUCUGCGCGGGCAUGGGCACAUCCGGAACGAUGACGGGUCUAGGGACAUACUUCAAGGACAUCAAGCCAUCUGUGCUCCGGCUGGGAGUUUGCACUGCCCCGGGAGACCGGGUACCUGGUCCAAGAUCCUUUGCUCUCAUGAAGCCCGUCGAGUUUCCUUGGAAGUCUGCGGUCGACGUGAUCGAGGAAGUGAACUCCUUUGACUCGUUCUCUCUGUCCUUGGAUUUGUGCCGGGAGGGCAUCGUGUGUGGACCUUCUUCGGGAUUCAACUUGAAGGGACUCUUCCAGAUGAUUGAAAAGCGUCAGGCUGCCGGCACGCUGUCGGAGUUGACAGGGCCUGAUGGUGCCGUCCACUGCGUGUUUCUGUGUUGCGACUUGCCGUAUCAGUACAUUGGCGAGUACUUUAGUAUUCUUGGGGCGGAUAAAUUCCACCCCAUUCAGAAUGAGCACCUCACCAAGGUGGAUCUCUACCGAUACGACGAGAGCUGGGAGCGAAGCCCGGUGGUUCUUUUCACUCAUUUUUAUGAACCUCCCAAGGCGCUGACGCAGAGCUUGCUGAGCAGCAUGGCCUUGCGGCCAGCGUGCUGCGUUCUCGACCUGAGAACCGCGGUGGAUUUCUCCGCCUGGCAUCUGCCGGGAUCGGUGAACAUCCCUUUGCAGAAUCUAGACUCGCACACUCCCAAACCGUUCUCUGACCCAACGGUGCUUGAGAAUCAAUGGCGGGAGCUAGAGGCCUUGUUCACGGACGCCCAGGCGAACGUGGUUAGCACCCUGCAAGGCCAUCAUGUGUUGGUGAUUUGCUACAAUGGAGACACGGCCCGAGUGGCCACCAGCGUGCUGCGGGCCAAGGGGAUCGAGGCGGACAGUCUCCGGGGAGGGUAUCAGGCCCUGCACGACCACGGCAUAUGGGGCGAUAGUGGAGAGGGAUCGGAGCAGGCGUCGUAUCCCAUGCCAGUGUCUGCCAUGGUGUCGCUGCAGAGUAACUAGUACCCACAGCAGUGGCAGCGGCAGAGACGAAUGAUGAGUGAAUAUCUUUAUUCCCCAUUAGGUUAUAGUAACUGAAUGACAUCUUGGCAAUGAUCCCGUUCCCCCUGCAGAAUGCACGCAAAUGUGCUCAUACCCUCUGUUAGCC